AAUGUAGCAGUAAACUAAAAAGUUGGUGUGUUUCUCUUUUCUCCUCCUCAAAAAACCAGGACUCUCUAUCAUGGCGGCUGUGUCACCUUGCCCACCACCAUUACGGACCCAGAAUCCAAACCCACGUUUAAGAGUGGAUUUGGGAAAUGGGUUUUCAAAAAGCUUGGAUUUUGGGCACUUUAGGACACCCAAAUGUAGGAACUUUGAGUUCAAGAAGCUGUGGGUUUCUGCUUCUGCUAGCAAUGACAAUGCAGCGUAUUUAAGCGAGUCCACACCUUCACUGACUCUGUCUAAGGUGAAACGUCAUACAAUCUCAGUGUUUGUUGGGGAUGAGAGUGGAAUAAUAAAUCGAAUUGCUGGGGUUUUUGCUCGGAGGGGUUACAACAUUGAGUCCCUUGCAGUUGGCUUAAACAAGGACAAGGCUCUCUUUACCAUAGUUGUCUCCGGAACUGAAAAGAUUUUGCGACAAGUUGUUGAACAGCUGAACAAGCUUGUGAAUGUCAUUAAGGUUGAAGAUAUCUCAAGGGAGCCACAAGUAGAACGUGAGCUGAUGCUUGUAAAACUUAAUGCAGAUCCGAGUACCCGUCCUGAGAUCAUGUGGUUAGUAGACAUCUUUAGAGCAAAGAUUGUGGAUAUCUCAGAAGAUUCUCUGACCAUUGAGGUCACUGGAGACCCUGGGAAGAUGGUUGCCGUUCAACGAAAUUUAAGUAAAUUUGGAAUCAAAGAACUUGCGAGAACUGGAAAGAUUGCCUUGAGAAGAGAAAAGAUGGGUGAGACAGCUCCAUUUUGGAGAUUCUCUGCGGCUUCUUAUCCAGACCUUGAACGGCCACUUCCUGCUAAAGGUCUCGUAGCAAAUGCAAAUCAAUCACAUAAUGGCAAUGUCAGUAUAUCCUCAGGGGGAGAUGUUUAUCCUGUGGAGCCAUAUGAUGACUUGUCAAUGAAAAAAGUUCUUGAUGCUCAUUGGGGUGUUCUCUAUGAUGAAGAUUCAAGUGGGCUUCGGUCACACACUUUGUCUAUGCUUGUGAAUGACUGUCCUGGAGUUCUCAACAUAGUUACUGGGGUUAUUUCUCGAAGAGGUUAUAACAUUCAGAGCUUAGCUGUGGGCCAUGCUGAAAUAGAUGGGCUUUCUCGCAUCACAACUGUUAUUCCUGGUACAGAUGAGUCAAUUGGCAAGUUGGUUCAACAACUUCACAAGUUAAUAGAUCUUCAUGAGGUGAAGGAUAUUACUCACUUUCCAUUUGCAGAGAGAGAGCUUAUGUUAAUAAAGAUUGCCGUGAAUACUGCUGCUAGGAGGGAUGUCCUCGAUGUUGCCAGCAUUUUCCGGGCAAAAGCUGUUGAUGUGUCUGAUCAUACCAUUACCCUUGAGCUUACAGGUGAUUUAAACAAGAUGGUUGCACUACAGAGGUUACUAGAGCCAUAUGGAAUUUGUGAGGUGGCACGGACAGGGAGGGUGGCAUUGGCGCGAGAGUCGGGCGUAGAUUCCACAUACCUCCGUGGCUAUCCUCUUCCAUUGUAAUGCUUGAGUUGCUGAGUUCUAUAAUAUAAUAUAAUAUAAUAUAAUGGUGAAGCAUCGGAAGCAAGUUUUUCUCCUGUUGCCUUUUAAUGGAUUACUCUUUUCUUGCUGGCCUUUUAUCUUUUAAUUAUAAUUAGAGAGUAAAGGAAAAGAUGCGAAUUUGGCUUCUCCAGCGUUUAGGUAUCUUUGGAGAGCAAUCAACAGACAAAUAUGGCGCUUGUCGUAACUUAAUAUUUCACGGGUGUUUUACGAAACUAAACAUAUGUAUUGUGAUAUGAAUGAAAUGAGUAGAUGUUCGUUUACCUCAAAGAA